UGCGAGUUUCUUCCUGUAACUCAGCCGGCUUGAGUGUUUCUGGGUGAAACCUUCUGGGUGACUCUGCUGGGUGCUGUGAGCGGAGCUCGGCAAGCUCAGAACUGCAGACAUGGAUGUAGUGACCUUUGAUGACUUGCAUGUGGACUUCACUCCUGAAGAGUGGGCUUUGCUGGAUCCUUCUCAGAAGAGUCUCUACAAAGAUGUGAUGUUGGAGACCUAUAGGAAUCUCACAGCUAUAGGCUACGUUUGGGAAGACUAUUCUAUUGGUGAACAUUUUCAAAGUUCUAGAAGACAUGGAAGGCAUGAAAUAAGUGGUACUGGAGAGCAACCCUCUGAGAUUACUCAUUGUGGUAAAGCUUAUGCAUAUCAGAGUCAUACUCAAAGGCAUGAAAGAACUCAUAAUGGAGAGAGACCCUAUAAAUGUAACCAAUGUGGCAAAGCCUUUGUACGAAGAAAUGAUCUCAAAAAUCAUGAAAGAACACAUACAGGAGAGAAACCUUUUGAGUGUAACGAAUGUGGUAAAGCUUUUGUACGAAGCAGUUAUCUCCGAAGCCAUAAACAAGCACAUUCAGGACAGAAACCCUAUGAAUGUAACCAAUGUGGUAAAGCCUUUAUAGCAAGAAGUGCUCUGAAAUAUCAUAAAAGAACCCAUACUGGAGAGAAACCCUAUGAAUGUAACCAAUGUGGUAAAGCCUUUGCAGGAAGCAGUGGUCUCAAAUAUCAUAAAAGAACACAUACAGGAGAGAAACCCUAUGAAUGUAACCAGUGUGGUAAAGCCUUUACAGGAGGUGCUGCUCUCAAAUAUCAUAAAACAACACAUACAGGGGAGAAACCCUAUGAAUGUAACCAAUGUGGUAAAGCCUUUGCAGGAAGGAAUGAACUCCAAAUACAUAAAAGAACACAUACUGGAGAGAAACCCUAUGAAUGUAACCAGUGUGGUAAAGCCUUUGUACAAAGCAGUCAUCUCAAACAACAUAAACAAACACAUACAGGACAGAAACCCUAUGAAUGUAACCAAUGUGGUAAAACCUUUGCAGCAAGCAGUGGUCUCCAAUGUCAUAAAAGAACACAUACAGGGGAGAAACCCUAUGAAUGUACCGAAUGUGGUAAAGCCUUUGCAGGAGGCACUGCUCUCAAAUAUCAUAAAAGAACACAUACUGGAGAGAAACCCUAUGAAUGUGACCAAUGUGGUAAAGCCUUUGCAGGAAGCAGUGACCUUAAAAUACAUAAAAGAAUACAUACAGGGGAGAAAAUGGAUUAAUGUAACCAAUCAGGUCAAACUUUUUCACAAAUCAGUAGCCUUAAUAUACAUAGAAGAACACGUAUUUUAGAGAAACCCUUUGAGUGAAUCCAAUGUGGUAAAGGUUUUUCACAAAGCAGUGGUCAUCACAAUCAUAAAAGGACACAAACAAGCGAGCAGUUUUUGAAUGUGAGCAGUGUGGUUUUAAACCUUUUCACAAAGCAGUGUCGCCCAAAUAUAUAAAGGACCAUAUACUGGAGAGAAACACUGAAUAUCAUCAAUGUUCUGAAGCUCUUCUAUGUCCCAAUUAUCUUCAAAUACUUAGAAGGACAUGUACUGGAGAGAAGUCCUCUGGACGUAACUAAAGUGGUAAAGCCUUUGCACAAAAGAAUCAUCUCCUAGUACAUCAAAUGAUACACACUGAAGAGAAACCUUAUGAAUAUAAGCAGUGUGGUUAACCUGUUGCAAGUACAGUACUUUCCAAGUAAAUAAAAGAAGACACACUCAAGAGAAACCCUGUGAAUGUCAUCAGCAAAAGAAAGCCUUUGUAUAUUUCAAUCCUCUUCAAAUAUGUAAAAGAAGACAUACCUGUGAGAAUCUCUAUGAAUGUAAACAAUGUGGUAAAACCUUCAUAUGUCAGUCAUAUUCAGAGGCACAAAAGAAACCAUAAUGUAGAAAAAUCCUUGAGUGUUUUCAAUAUGAUGAAGCCUUUGCACACUUCUAUAGUCUUCAUCACCAUGAGACAAUCCAUACUGUGUAGAAAUUUAUGAAUACAUUUAACAUUGUGAAGCCUUUUCAAAUUUCCCAAGUUUUCAUCAGCAUGAAAGAGAAAUCCCAUGAAUGCAUUCAGUGUGGGGAAGCCUUUGUACAUUUUUACUGUCUUCAUCAUCAUGAAAGUACUCAUAAUGGAGAGAAAGUCUAUGAGUGUAAACGAUGUGGUAGAGCCUUUCUGGUGUGGGGUCCUCUCAGAUCCAACACCACUCAGUCUCAGGUAAUGCAAGUGACAGGAGUUUAUGGUAACAAAGCUGCUGCUGGUUCAUGACAUACUUGGAACAUAAUGUGUGACUUGUAACACACACAUUUCCCCCAGGUGAGCCAGAAUGUUUCAGAGCUGGCAUCCUGCAGUCCAAAAGGUUAACCCACAAUUAUUAAUGUCUGAAAGCACUGCAGGAACAAAACCAGAUAAGAGCCUGAGCAAAAGGAGGUCCAGUGACAUGCCCAAAUUGAGGUCCAUGUCAGUGGGUGGCCCCGAGGUCUGACACUAUUACUGAUGCUAUAGUGUGCUUACAAAUAGAGGGCUGUCAUGACUGACUUCCAAGAGGCUCAAUAAGCAGGUGAAAGAGUCAGAUGCAGAUAUUUACACCCAAUCAGUGGACAGAAACUGGUGACUCGUGAGGUUGAAAUAGGGAAAACCUGGAAGAAGUUUAGGAGGAGGGCGACUAUAUAGGAAGUCAAGCAGUCUGAACUAACGUGUACCCCUGUGAUCUCUCACACACUGAGCCACCAACCAAGUAGCAUAAACCACCUGAUAACAGAGCAGACUACUGGGUCUGGACUCAGUCAGAGUAGAUACACAUGACCUUCCAGAAUCUUGGGGCCCCAGGGAGUGGGGAGGACUAGUGGGGUGGGGGUUGUGCAUAGGAACAUCUUGAAAACUGGGGGAGGAGGAGUAAGAUGAGGAAGAGUUGGAGGGUGGAUAAGCAGGGGUAUAAAAUAUGAAUUGUAAAAAAAAGAUUGAACAAUAAAUGAAUAAGAAAAAAGAAAAUUAUAAAAAUAAGGAGAGAACACCAGAAAUUUCUGUGCCAAGUUACAUGUAGAUUUUUUCCAACAAUCAGGGUUUAGGGAUAGGGGCUUACGUAGUUGACAGUUAUCAACUGUUAUAGAAUGUGGGUUUUACAGUUCAAACAAUCAUAUGGAUUUGUUCUUUGGUGGUAAAGAACAGGUGUUAUGUUUUGAAAGCCUGGAAAUUGGCUUAUAUCAUAAGCAGAAGGAAAUUUAAUUGAAGUUAAAUACAUAUGAAAAGAUGUUUGUUCAAGUUACGUAAAGGGAAAGGAUAUAUAUCCAUAGAGAUAUUAAUCUCCAUGGAAGGCAGAAUUUAUGUAUGCAUACAUAAAUAAGUUUGGUGGUUAUGAUAUUAAAACCCCUCUAGGAUAGAGGUUGAAAUAGGGCAAACUUGAACAGGAAAGAGCUGUUAAUUGAAUCGAUCUCUACCUUUGAUGAUUGUGUGUUACUGGAACAAGGACAUGCUAUUAUGGGAGAGAGACUCUAUAAUUGUGUUAGUAGGGAAGAAGAAAAGUCUUUGGACCCCUUCCAGAGUGAUAUGGAUCAGAUAUUACAGGAGAACUCCUCUGAAAAUCUUGGCUAAAGGAAAAAAAGUUUCAGAAAAUCAAACAAGCAGGAGUCAUGAUUUGCUGAUUCCUCCACAUGGAAACAGCCCUAUAACUAGCCUAGACAUAAAAAGUCUGUAGACAAACCUUCAGAUAAAAGUAGACGAUUCAUAUUGUUGUUUAUGGAACACUUGUGAUCAACAUGCCAUCAUUCCUAUGGCAUGAGUGAAGAUUUAUUACAAUUGCUUAUUGAUUAAAUUAACUUAAAAGUACAGUUUUCUUGUACCUGCUCAAAUCAGAAUCAAAAAUUCAUCCUUAACUGAACAGUGCACUUUGCACAAUCCAUAGAAAUAUCUUUUUUGUUUUGUUUUGUUUUUUUUAAGACAGGGUUUCUCUGUGUAGCCCUGGCUGUCCUGGAACUCACUCUGUAGACCAGGCUGGCCUCGAACUCAGAAAUCCGCCUGCCUCUGCCUCUGCCUCUGCCUCUGCCUCUGCCUCCCAAGUGCUGGGAUUAAAGGUGUGUGCCGGGCCCAUAGGAAUAUCUUAAUAGUACUGAAAUCCUUUAUUGCUACCCAUGUCCGACCCGCGGAAUAAGGCAACGGCAACCGUGUUCUUCUUCAAGCGGUUUAUUCAGCUAUCCCUGUUUAUUCAGCUAUCCCUCUCUCCUUCUCUUCUCUUCUUUUGUCUCUUUCCCCAGCUCCUGCAGCCCCUGAUAAUCAUUGCCUUGAUCCUAUCAGCAGCUGCCACAAAGUCACUAAUUGGCCACUCUCAAUGAUGCAAGGUGGGGUGAUUGGGUAACCACACCUCGCAGCGCAUACAACUCCAUAUAUUUUCUCUCAAGCAAUGCCUAUGCAAAGUGCCACCUUGUAAUGGCGAGAGCAGAGCCGCUUCCCACAAUCCUUGUAAGAUUCAUAUAUUGCAGAAUGUCCCCCUUGUGACUAGAUUUAUUGGUGGGGAUGCUGAGAUGACGUGUUGAUCCAGCUACCUGCCUCCUGAUGCUGGAAGAAACUGGUGAAAUAUUUUGGAUUAGUUCUAUUGCUACUUGUUUUAAAUCAGUUCCCAAAUUGCCCAAGAACCAUGCAUUUGUGAUGAUGUGCAUUCUAUCCUCAGCUGGUUCUAAUUGGUAGACUUGCACAGCCACUGUCAGGGAGCAGAGGAAGUUAACCAGUUACUAAUAUGCCCUAUAUUUGCCUAUCAGUCAUUUUCAAUAAAUAAGAAAAUAACCAUCUUGUAGAGAAGCCCUACCAAUGAAAUUAAUGUGAUAAGGCCUUUUUACAACACAGUUAUCCACAAGUGCAUAACACAUACUGGACAGGAAUCCCCUGAAUAAGCAAUUGGUAAAUCAUUUGCAUGCAGCCAUAUUCUCAAAUACCAUGAGAAAGUCAUACUGCAGAAGAACCUAUAUUUGAAGUCAGUGUGGGAACGUUUUGCAAUUUAAUGUUCCUUUGUACAAGUGUAAUAUAUUCACUGUAUAAUCAGUCUUAAAUUCUUUGCCCGUCACAGUAGCCUUUGAGAACAUAAGGCACCACACUGAAGUGCAUUUAUAACUCUAAAGGAUUUGGUAAGAUCUAUAGCCAACACACAAGAUUAUUUUUCAGGAAAAAAAUGUGUCAACAAUCUAUUCAAGCUGUAUAAUGCUAUGUUCCUCUAUAUUUUGUUUGAGAUUGUAAUCUUAUUUUUCUUUAAUUACAUUAAAUUUCUUAAGUGUCACAAUUUAUGGCUGUGUAUUAAUGCAUUCUCUGUUGCUGUGCUAAAAACCCAAUGUCUAAAGCAACUUCUUAAAAAAUUUAAUUUGGCAUAUGGCUUUGGUGGGGUAGGAGAUCACAUGAGAUGUCACAACACAAGUGCUACAAAUUCCCUUCAGAUGUUGUGAUUUGUUACGUAGUAUGACUUGGAUGUCAGUCAUUAC